CUCCCCCCUCAUCAUCAAACAACAACAACAAUUAGUCAAAAUGGUUUACGGAUAUGGUGGUUGGAAGUCCAACUUUACAUUGGCUCAAAUGACCGAUUUACGUUCAAAGGUCGCAAUCGUGACUGGAAGUAAUUCAGGUGUAGGAAAAGAAACUGCACGUCAAUUAGCAUUACACGGGGCAAACGUUCACUUGGCAUGUCGUAACCCGAAAAAAGCAGAAGAUGCAGCAAAAGAUAUUCAAUCUUCUUUGGAUUCAAAAGAACCUCAUUCGGAAGAAGGUGAUCCGAAAAGUGGUCCUAAAUACCCUGGAGGUAGCGUUCAUGCUGAUCAAGCGGUUGAUUUGAGUGAUGUUAGAGCAGUUCAAAAUUAUGCGGAAAAUUUCAAGAAAGGUAAUGAUCGUUUGGAUAUUUUGAUCUGUAAUGCUGCAAUCGUUCCUCCCGAAUUCACAAAAGGAAAAGCUCCCGAAUUGGAAGUAGCUUUCGUUACAAGUCAUUUGUCACACAUGCUCAUGAUCGAUCAAUUCUUGCCUUUACUACAAAGUACCGCACGUAAACAACAAGAAGAGACAGGUAAGAGCGAUGUGAGAGUUGUCAUUGUCGCUGCUGAUGUGACUGGAUAUGUGGAUAAUCGUCUUUUGAACCCAAUGAAGGUUUCUGAAGAAUGGUUAUUGAACGAUAUUGCAGAAAAGAAGGAAACAUACGGUGCAGGAGCUUACUUACGUACAAAGAUUUGCAACGUCUUAUUCACACGUAAGCUUGCACAAAAGUUGGGCGAUCCAAAGGAUAACGGAGUUCGAGUCAAUGUCAUCCAUCCAGGUGUGAUUUCAACCGAAAUCUUCCAUUCACGUUCGCACGCUGAUAACAGUGAAGAUUCAAAACCAGGUUUGGGAGAACGUUUGGUACGUAAGGCAUUCAAUUCAAAUUUGGUCUCUAUGCCACCACCAAAAGGUGCAUGGAAUUCAUUGUAUGCAGCAUGUGCGGCCGAAGUUCAAGAAAAGAAUUAUCAAGGUGAAUACUUUUUCCCUUGGGGUAACCGUCGUACGCCUGAUAUCUGUAAGAUCGGUAAAGAUGACAGCGUCGCACAGAAAUUAUGGGAAUUCAGUACAAGACAACUUCGUGAAGCAACCGGUAACGAAGAUGCAGUCAAGAAUCUCGAUAACGUAGGUGCUUACACUGCUCAACAUAGCACUCAACCCCAAGCUGCCACCCAAUAA